AUGGUUUCUUUGUGAGAGGACUCUUGGCCAUUUGUGGUUGGGCAUGUGAUAAGCUCCUGAUAUGCAUUUUAGCAGAACACUAAGUUUGGGCCGUUCAAAGUGUCUGAGUGUAGCAUAAGUGCUGGCUUGAUAUGGAACUCCAGGUUUGCCUUUCUUUGGAAAGCAACAGAUGAGAUACUACGUGGGACACUGAUAUUUGCCUGAGGAGAAGCUUUCUUAUGUACCAUAUACCACUAUGGCUUUAUACUAUCCGAACAUGAUACAGACCUCCCCUUAUACUUACCUUCCCUUUGGACCAAAUCGUGUGCUUGAAACUCAGCCCACCACCGUGUUAUCCCCUGUUCAGAUGCAGAACUUCUACAGCAGGCCUCUUGCUGUGAUCAUGGACCGUAACAAUGGUUACAGCGAUAAUUCAGCAAACCAAGUGGAGUACCCUCACAUCUACGGUGCAAAUCCUUACUUCCACCCUUAUCAUUACUGGCACUUCCCACAGGUGAGCCCUCUUCCUUUGUACAGCCCCCAUAUGAAUUACCGUCCUUAUGCACCUUACCAGAGACCUGGUUGGGAUUUGUGGCCUGAAGGAUUCACCCUGAGAGGGGAGCUCCGUUGGGGUAGGCUUGAGAGAGUUACAGGACCUAGGAGAGACCUACCAGAAUUUGUGAAAGAUGAUCUCCGAAGGGUGUAUGGCACCUAUCCAAGGACUGAUGUUUCCAUAACUUACCACAAUGGAGAAUUUGUUGUGAAAGGGGAUCCUAGAGUAGGAGAACAAGAAUACAGGAUAGAGAAGAGACUCAUCAGAAAUGAACCUACCCCAACUGCUAGCGAAGCUGAGGACAGCAGUGAAGAUCGAGGCAAGAAGAAAAAGAAAUCAAAGAGAUGACUUUAAAAAGGAAUGCUGAUAGAACUCCUGUGUUUAGCUUCAAAUGUGAUGGCAGCUCUCCAAACUGGGUUGUAAACACAGAACUGAAAAUGGGAGAGAUUCUUAUGUAACAGUUUUAGCUUCCAAGUAAUGGUGUGUGUUAGGCUUUGCAUAACUCACUAAUAUAUACACUUCCUCAUAUUCUCUUGGAAAUGUUAUUUAUUCUUCUAGCACCUGAGAUUUUUUCUUUUGAGUGACUUAGGGUUCAUUGCUGUAGGGCCUUUCCUUUUGACCAGCCAUAAUGCAAGACUAAAUGGCAUUGCUGGUCCUAUAACUCCUUAGAGUACCGUUUUACAACCAAUCACUAUAAACAAUUCUCAGCCCCUCUGAAGAGUUAGUCCCCCUUUCCUGAACACUGACUGCUUAACUAAUUAAGGCACACUAAGGAGUUCCUUGGAAACUCAACUUGAGGUGAUGGUACACAGAGACUCUGUUCUCACACUGUAGUUGCAGAUAAAUUGUAACAUGGGUCUUAGUAAUUUCUUUUGAUGGGUGUCAAAUUUCACAAGCUGUUUUUGCUACCUGCUUGGUUGGUUCUUUCCCAGUCUGAGUCUGAUUUAGUGAGCAGGGUUAACUUGUGCCUGGCUACUGAACUGCAGUCUAAUAUGUAUGCAAAUUAGAUGUAGAAUUUUAAAUAAAGAAAAUCAAGCACAUAA